UAGAAGGUUGCGCCCUCCGAAGGUCGAAUUCGAAGGCUGCAUACGUCAUCGUGGUUGUCUCAUUUCAGAAAAGCAAGUAGCACACUCCGAAUGAGACCUUCGAAUGCGACCUUUUUUCACAGGAAUUCGAAGGAUACAUGAGGUGUAUCCUUCGCUGCUACAAAUAACCCACAAUCCCUUGCGUCGCCAUAAAUAACCGUUGUUUAUUUGAAAAAAUGGCGGCGGCAGAUCUACACACAAGCGAUGUGGUGUUUAAAUGUAAGUACUUUAAAGUUCUUCAUUUUUUAAAAGUUGAAUUACAAGUGUGGUAAACAUGAUUACAAGUGUUUAGUGAUUUUUUUUUUUUUAACAGUUUAACAGUACUUCGCUAGCAGGGCGAGAAAUAAUUAUUAUUUAACCCUUGUAUUACAUUAAAUAAAAACAUUUUCUUUUCAAAUUACUUUCCAGAUUUAGAAAUAAUUUCCUUAAAUUUUUUUCUUAAACAAGUGUGAGAGCGCAACGACGUUAUGUGUUGGCAUAGCAACGUGAUACUUCCUGUUUCGUUUUCCGUCUGUCCUACGAAGGCCGUCUCGUUUAAUCCCAGGGUGAAGGACACUCCAUAUACGCAUCCUAGAGAGGAUUCGACCUCCAGAGGAUGCGACCUCCAGAGGACGUGGCCUUCUAAAUGAGACACAGCUUAUGUCUAUGGUGCCAUGCGUCGUCGUUUGAAUUCAUCAGCCAAUCAGAGGCAUCGCCUGAGAACUUCCGCCGAGCUCGUCACUCUCAGCCAAUCGGCGUUGGGCUCUCAUGUUUGCAUGCUUUUUUGAAUUCAGUGAGUGAGCUGAACGGAACCACCCUAUCAAAAGAGCGUAUACAAUGGGCUUACUAUUCUAUCAAAACGUAUUUUCCUAACUUAAUCGUUUUAUUUUGCACUUUAGAUAAACUUUUUCUGUCAUUGCGAGGAGAGCGUAGUUCAUGUGCCUACGCUUUAGUUUUAAUCGAUAGUUCGGCUAACAUAAACCCAGAUUGCUAAACUGGACUCUUAGUGUUUCUUCAUUAAUCAAAACCUUUCCAGCAUAUAUCUGGACGUAUCCCAUCCACAUACGGAACUCAACUGUUUGUCUGUUAUUUCUGUGCCGCCCUUGUUCACUCCUCCAGAUUUUGAUAUUCUGGACAGGACUGGGUCGCCACCCCUCGUCACAGUGCCAUGGCUGACAGCAGCAUAGUUACUUUAGGGCCGGGCCGCAGCCUGCUGGUGGACUCCUCCGUAUACGACUCCCGGAUGGCCGAGACCUCAAAGGAGCAAUUUUUCAUGGGUCUACACGCAGACGAGUCAGAGGAUGUACUGCCCAAAGUUGAGACGAGACUGGUGUUGGUGGGGGAGGCCGGCAACAUCGCAGAACUUGAUAAAGCUCUUCAGGCCAUCACAAUAAUGGAAGUCCCGGUGGUAAAGAUUAAAGAAGGGCAGCCGGGCACAGAGGCGUGUGAGAAAUUGAUAAAAUCUAUAGUCAAUAUGGAUAUAAACACCCCCUAUAUCAAAACUGACAAUGUCAGAGAUUUUGGUGACGGCGAGAACUGCGAGUUCGAGACGGUGUUUGUGUUGAAAGACUUCCAGGCUCCCGAAUACAGCUUCCUGUACAAGAAUGACAACCGUAUCCUGGGGCCUCCUGCCGUGAUGCACUGCGCCAGCAAGGGAGAGCCUCUGCCGUUCUCCUCCAGGCCUCUCUACUCUAUGACCAUGCUCAACUUGUCUCUCUGCUUCACCGGAUUUCGUAAAAAAGAUGAAGUGGUUACCCUGGUAAAUCUUGUCCAUCACAUGGGUGGCAUCAUCCGAAAAGACUUUGACAGUACUAAAGUCACACACCUCAUCGCCCGUUCAACACAUGGUGAAAAGUACAGGCUGGCAGUCUGCAUGGGCACACCCAUCCUCACCCCUGAGUGGAUACACAAGGCAUGGGAGCACAGAGAUGACAUUAACUUCCAUGCAGGCAACGAGGAAUUCCGCACCGUGUUUAAAGUCCCUCCAUUCCAGGAUUGCGUGCUGAGCUUUCUGGGCUUCUCUGAAGAAGAGAGAAGCAACAUGGAGGAGAGGACGCAGAAACAUGGUGGACGGUUCCAGGCGGUGGGUGAUGAAAGAUGCACCCACUUGGUAGUUGAGGAGAACUCCAUUAAAGAACUACCUUUUACUCCCUCCAAAAGACUCUAUGUAGUGAAGCAGGAGUGGUUUUGGGGCAGUAUACAAAUGGACGCCCGUGCUGGGGAAACCAUGUACUCUUAUGAAAAGCCUGAGAGUCCUGCGAUGAAGAAGGCUGUGUCUCUGCUGUCUAUCACGACACCCAACAGUGGCCGGAAGCGUCGCCGUCUUAGAGAAACUUUGGCUCAGCUCACCAAGGAGGCCGAGAUUUCUCCCUUCCCACCGCGCAAAAGACCCUCAGCUGAACACUCCCUCUCCAUGGGCUCCCUGCUGGACAUCUCCAACACACCUGACACCUGCAAAGCCAGCGGAGAACGCAAGCGCAGGAGGAGCAGCGGUAGACGGAGGAGUGCCAGACAGAGUAGAUCAGAGAAAGAGAGGCUACUGCAGCGUAUCAGCACUCCUGUGUACAGAAAGGAAACAGACCAGACAGGGGACAUUCAUGAGAAUGCCAAACUUCCCAAAAGCUCAACUCCCGCCCUUCCUAAACAGUCAGCGCGCUGGCAGGUCUCCAAGGAGCUCUACCAAACAGAAAGCAACUACGUUGAUAUCCUGGCCACGGUCCUGCAGCUCUUCAAAUACCCCCUGGAUAAAGAGGGGCAGGUGGGCGGCCCCAUUCUAGCUCAGGAAGAGAUCAAGACCAUCUUCGGCAGUAUUCCAGACAUCUACGAAGUGCACAUGAGAAUAAAGGCGGAUCUCGAGGAGUUGGUGAUGAACUGGUCUGAAGAGAGAAGCGUAGGAGACAUUAUCCUGAAAUAUUCUAGAGAGCUGGUGAAGGCCUACCCGCCGUUUGUCAACUUCUUUGAGAUGAGCAAAGAGACUAUAGUCAGAUGCGAGAGACAGAAGCCGAGGUUUCAUGCGUUCCUCAAGAUUAAUCAGUCUAAACCUGAGUGUGGCCGUCAGACUCUUGUUGAGCUUUUGAUUCGUCCUGUGCAGAGACUGCCGAGUGUUGCCCUCCUGUUGAAUGAUAUAAAGAAACACACAUCAGAUGACAACCCUGAUAAAGUGACCCUGGAAAAGGCCAUCGAGUCUCUCAAAGAAGUGAUGACCCACAUAAAUGAAGAUAAAAGGAAGACCGAGGGACAGAAGCAGAUUUUUGAUGUUGUUUAUGAGGUGGACGGCUGCCCUGCCAAUCUGUUGUCGUCACACCGGAGUCUGGUUCACAGGGUGGAGACCAUUGCUCUGGGAGACAAACCCUGCGAUCGGGGAGAACAUGUCACACUCUUUCUGUUCAACGACUGUUUGGAGAUCGCAAGGAAGAGACACAAGGUGAUAACCACGUUCCGGAGUCCGCUGGGUCAGACACGGCCGCCCGCCCAUCUCAAACACAUAGCCUUGAUGCCUCUGUCCCAGAUCAGAAGAGUCCUUGACAUCCAAGACACAGAAGAGUGUCAGAACGCUUUUGCCCUGGUGGUACGUCCUCCUACAGAACAGGAGAACCUGUUGUUCAGUUUCCAGCUGACGGCCGAAGACACGCUCAAAUCUGCCUGGCUCAAAACUCUCUGUCGUCAAGUGGCCAACACGAUUUGCCGAGCUGAUGCGGAGGAUCUCAUUCAGAGCGCCGAUCCUGACUCCGUCCAAGUGAACACAAAGGACAUGGACAGCACGCUCAGCCGAGCGUCCAGGGCCUUCAAAAAAACAUCAAAGAAGGUCACAAGAGCAUUUUCUUUCACUAAAACCCCCAAGCGUGUUCUCCAGAGGGCCUUUUUAGCCAAUGGGACCCCAGAUGACAAGAGUCCUGGCCCAGAUGGCGAUCACAUGGGCCGAAUGUCCAGCAGCUCCACACUGGCUAUGUCUCGUUCUGCCUCUACGUUCAGUCUGACGGGCUCUAUUAAAAGCGCAGUGGUUCAGCGGUCGAACUCUCUGGACCAUGCCCCGCGGCCCAGGGUCCCGGUGUGUGUCCGCACUCCGUGCAGUCCAGAGAGGGCUGAUGAACCCGCGGCUCCCAAAACCCAGCUCAGACCAUCCAUCCUGUCCCUCCCAGCGGCCCAGCCCGUAGCUCUGUGCCGAGAGCUGCUGGCGCCCCCCGAGCCGCAGCGCAGGUUCCCUGGGUCCCCGCGGCAGGAGACCCUCCUGUAGGACUCUUAAAUGCUGUUCAUUCGCCAUCCAUGAUCAACCUGUCCUCUGCCUUUGAGAGGAAAUAUCAUACCUUCAGCCGGUCCACAACUCACCUGUACUGAACUUUGCAUCCAGUGUUGCAAUUAAUUUCCACACUACGGUACCACGUCCGGCUGACGCCUACAGCCCAAGCCCCCCAUCUGGGUUUAAUUUACAGGUCCAGAACCCACCAAAUGAAGGAUGGCUUGUGUUGAUGUCGAUGUCCAAUUUAAUUAACAUAAAAGAGACAUUUCUGACUGACAUGUUCUGAUGUUUAUUAGAUGGGUAGAGUUUUCACACAGUUAUUAACCACUGAAAGUAUUUCUUAAUGUUUUACAAGGUAGGCCCUAAUCUAAACUAAUCUAGUUUUCAGCUUUUAUAAAGCUAUACACAUCUAGCUGUUGCAUUUAAAUGGAAAUGCAAAAAGCUGCCACAGUAAGGUCUGGUUUAAACAAGCGGCCUUAUGUUUUUGCAUACUUUUAGAAGUGAUUUUUAUUGUUGAUUUAGGGUAUUGGUUUCUACAAGUCUAAAGAGAGUUAUUGCGGUAAGCCUGCCAUAUUUAUUCUCCAGAAUCACUUCUAUAUGUAAAUCUUUCCUUCUGUCUAUAUUUAUGUGUAAAUAUUGUAUUUUUCCUCUUUGUGAUUGUCUACUAAUAAUAGUUCGUCUCUGUUGCUUGUACCGUUUUGUAGUCACUGCACUUAUGUCACAAAUGUAUUCAUGUUUCACGAUUGUCUGUAAAAGGGAUUCGUAUAAUGUCUUUGCCUACUGCAGAUUUGUUUGGAGUGGGUGGUUUUAAUGUUAUUGGUUUGACAACUUUUAAAGGUGACUUCAUUUAUUCUUGAUCAAUAAAGGAAGCAUAAAGCCUU